AGACGCGUGAACGCGCGAGCGUCCUCCGGCCGGCCCCUUCCUCGUCGUCCUCGUCGUCCUCGUCGUCCUCGUCGUCGCUUUUCCCGUGGCGGUGGCGGUGAAUCGAGAGAGGAAGCGGUCCUGGGGCACGGCUCGGGGCUCUCAGGGCUUCCUUGGAGUUGCUGGGAGCGUCUGCUGUUAGCAGCAGUUGCUGCGGGAACUCUCCCGUGCUUUCAGCACUCGACCUCCGUUGUACUCUUGAGGGCUUCACCCGACGGCUGCGGGCUGUGGGCUGUGGAUGCGAUGGCAGUGGAUGCAAGUGAGCAGUCCCGUGAGAAGCUCCUUGUUUGCCAAAUUCCUGCCGUGAGGCUGUAGGACCGAGGCCCUCUUUAGCGCACCGCUACAGAGCCAUAGGAAUCUGGGAUGCUUCUGCACACGUACGGCUUGCUGUGCUCUGAUGUUAGCAAUGGAGGCGGGGAUUUGGGAUUUGGGAUUUGGGAUUGGGGAUUUGGGAUAUGGGAUUUGGGAUUUGGCCUUUGGCUUUUGCCUUUGGCCUUUGGCCGGGGAGGAGAUGGAUAGCGAUGGCUGGAGGUUCUCUUCCCUUCAGGAAAGAAGCUCCUGCUCUGGCUCCGCCAAGGCUUUGCUUCUCUCCUAGAAAGAAGCCAUUCCAGACGUUUGGGCUGCUGCUGCGUAAUCUCUCCUUGGAAUGCUGGGGACAUCACACCCGAAAUGCUUGGGCGUUUGCUUUGUUGUUCAACAGACGCCUGCAGUUCCCGUUCUGGCAGCGGCUCGGUGCAAGCGCAGGCCCAAGGGAGAUGUCAGCUGCGGAGACGUGCCCUUCCUCCACAGCACGGGAAAGCAAGUCGGGGAGAAGAGCUGGAGGCAGCUGAACCUAUAUGAGAAAAUGGAACUGAGAGACCCUGCGAAGGAGGAGAUCCCUGAGAAAAAGUGCAACACCAGCCAGAAGCUCAGCCUCGGAUACCUGCACAUGGCGGUCAGACAGAAGACGGGCAUGAAGACGAGAGCAGGGUCAGACCCUAAAGAACAGCAAGGCCACCUUGGCUAUGGAGCAGACAGUGGACCUGAAAUUGCAACAAGAAACAGGAAGGUCUUCAUUAACAUCCGUCGUUGCUGUCAUCCUCCUAACGGCUUGUCCUGUGUAAGAGGAGAUCCUUGCGAGAAAAGCGCAAUACCAGCCAGAAGCUCAGCCUCAGAUAAGUUCAUAUGGCCGUCAGACAGAAGAUGGGCAUGAAGACGAGAGCAGGGACAGACCCUAAACAAGAGCAAGGCCACCUCGGCUAUGAAGGUGUCAGUGGACUUGAAAAUGCAACAAGAAACAGGUACACACACACACACGCACACUCAGGGGAGAAACCCCUUCACCAGGGACUCCUACCCCACGCACGGGGUCCCCUCCUCAGCCGGAGGGCACCCCUGUUCCACCCGCACGCAA